CUGCCGUCGACAACCUUGGUUCAGUAGUUUCCGUGUCAAAAUAUUUUUGUUUUGUUUGUCGUAUUUUCCUUUUUUUGUUAUAUUUAACAUGUAAAAAGUAAGUCAAAAAUAGUUAAAUUAACCUUAAAACACUAUAUGAAGACAUCAGUAUCGUUGAAAAGUUGUCAUGUUUUGGAAGCGCCGUUCUCCAUAGUCAGUGGUGUUAGUCAUGUCAGAUUGCGCGCUGGUAACCAAUAUAAGCGAACAAGAUGCCAGUAUGGACGUGGGGAACGACAAAUCCCUCUUCGAGCCGACUGUUGAAAUGAUGGUAAAUGAUUUCGACGACGAGAGAACAUUAGACGAAGAAGAAGCUUUGGCGGCAGGCGAGCACCAAGACCCGAAAGCGGAGUUGAACAGCCUGCAGCGUGAAGGUGAUAUGCCAUUGGAAGAAUUACUUGCUUUAUACGGUUAUAAUAGAAACAUGGAUAAGUCGAUUCCAGAACAACCUCCUGAGGUAGUUCCUGAAGAAAAUGAGAAACCUGAGUCUGCACUGCAGCAGCUUUAUACUGAGACAACUGCUAGUCCCGAAGCUACGAGAUGUCUCAGGUCUGGUUCUCGACCGCCUUCAGAAGAAGAAGACGACUAUGAUUAUAGUCCAGAUGAAGAUGAUUGGAAGAAAACAAUUAUGGUUGGUAGUGACUAUCAAGCUGGUAUUCCAGAAGGAUUAUGCAGUUACGAUGAUGCUCUACCAUAUGAAAAUGAGGAUAAACUAUUAUGGAACCCAAAUAUUCUUGAUGAAAAAGUGAUAGAAGAUUAUAUGAGGAAAAUUUGUGCAAUGAACUGUGGUACUGGUGUUGAUGCUGUUCCACGGGGAAAGCAAUUACGUGAUGAUGAAGAAGCUCUAUUUCUUCUCCAACAAUGUGGACACAAUGUUGACGAAGCUCUUAGAAGACGUCGCAUAUCCUCUCAAACACCAGCUCAUGCAAAUGUGUGGUCUGAAGAGGAAUGUCGGAACUUUGAGAAUGGUAUAAAAAUUCAUGGCAAAGACUUCCAUUUAAUAAGACAGCAGAAAGUAAGAACACGGUCUGUUGGAGAACUUGUUCAAUUCUACUACAUUUGGAAGAAAACAGAAAGGCAUGAUAUAUUUGCAAACAAAACAAGAUUGGAAAAGAAGAAGUACACAUUGCAUCCAGGUCACACAGACUACAUGGACAGGUUUUUGGAGGAGCAAGAAGCUACUGGUACGAGUGUAGUAAGACCAGUAUCACCGUCAAUGAUGGUAUAUGUGCCUUCUCCCGCGACUCAGCCUGAUCCCCUUGCGUUGGGUGAAAAAGAAGUCUUUUCACAGCUAGCCCACUCUUCACCUCCCAGGACAUUAUCUACUGGCGAACCGGAAAUGGAAAAUGUUUCCUAAUACAUAAUGUACAUUCUCCAGCAGAAUGUUGACAUUUCUCAUUAGUCCCCCAUCCAUACGUACAAAUAGUUACUAAUUUAAAUGUCUAGAAGGAUUUAACUAAACCUGCCUUAAUAUUUUAUCACUAUAGACUGUAAAUAAUGCAUUACAUAGGAAUAAUUGAAGGUUGGAAUGUUGGUGAGGGAGGAAAAACAAUAAUAUAAUAAUGAAAUUUUUAAAAAUUCAUAUCAGAGCUAGAUUGUGAAUGUGAUUUGAUUGGUAAAUUGUAAUGGUAUGAAUACAAAAUGCGUAAUGAACAAUUAUUUGUGAAAAUAAUGCAAUAAUAUGAAUUUUACAGUUGGCAUAUAGGCCAAGAAUAGAUAAGUGUUCCCUAUAAAUAAUAUUAAUUGUCUAAUAUUAAUAGUAAAUUAUUUUUUCAUUAUAAAAACUACAUGUUAUUUAAUGUAAGUGUAUUAUGCUUUGUAAAUCAUCAAUGAUAUGGUAUACAGAAAAUAUCAACAGUCACAAAUACUGUGCAUAAUAUGCAAUUUUUUUUUUUUUUUCUAGAGAAAGUAUAAGAAAUACCUGAAAAUUAUUGGUUUAUUUUUAUCAAGUAUUUUUUUUUUUUUUUUUGAAUAGGCUAGUGUCACUAAUUGGCAUAGUUUUCUUCCAUAACUAAUUAAUAUAAAUAAGGUUUUACUUUUUUAAGGACACCAUAUUCUAUGUGUGACAUUGUUGUAGCAUUGUACUUCUUUUUCUUAGCCCUAAAGCUAAUUUAUAAUUAUGAGUACCAUUUAUAUCUUUACAUUCUUCCAUGUCUACUUACUUGAGCACCGAAAAGUUCAAUUUCAGUGUGUUGUACAAUAUUUAUUGAUGCUUUUUACCUAACACUAUGUUUGAAUGUGUAGAAUUCUAUUUUAAUGAAUACUUUUUAUUUUAUAGCAGGGUAUUUUUACCUAUAAGAAAUAACUUACUUAAUUUUAAUUUUAUUUAUGUUUGAGUUCUAUGAUUAUUAUUAUUCUCUUUCAGUAGACUAUCAUAUUGAUUGUAUUUUUAUAUUUUCUACUGCUGAUGUUCUGAAAUGUGCGAUGUUUAUUACGAGAAUAAUUAAAUUAUAAUUUCUAUAGCAUUGUUAAAUUACAGUCUACAUUUGUAGAAUAAUCUAAAGCCUUAUAAGUCCCGACAAUUUUAAUAAUACUGAAGUAAAAAUACAUGAAAGAGAAGUUUAUGAUUUUGCUCUACAAUGUAAAUAUAAAUAUCUAUUGAUUUUAUGUUAAUUAACACAUGAUGUGUAUUGAGUGCCCAGACAUAAUGAAAAUCAGGAUUUUGUAUUUAGAAUUUAUAUUAAUAUUGAAUUAUAUAUUUAAAGUACAUAUUGUACAGCUUUUUUAUGUUUUGUACAAUAUUGUUAGACAUUUGAUAUGCGCCGAUGUCUGAUGAGUGUUAACUGUUAGAAGGGAUUGUUAUUAUGAAUGGUAUUACAUUACUGAAGUAAUGGUGAUGCAUUACAAGAAUGAUUAACGGUUUAAAAUACGGAGAAAAAUUAUUUAAGAAUAAACAUUGUAAAUUAA